AUGUCAGAGGAGAUAGUUUUUAAGAAGCGUAAAUUGAAGCAAAGGAAUCUGCGAAAAAUAAACGAUGAUUCGGUUGGCGAUGAAGAAGAUUUGGAAAUAAUAUCGAAGUUGGAAGCAGUAAAAGAACUACAAGAAAGUCGUUUGCGUUCUAAUGGGUUAAAUGCUGUUGAAUGCGCACUUGGAAAAGAAUUAGCCGCAGAAUUUUUAUUAAUGAACGACGAUCCUUUUCGACAACGUGGUGGUGGUAUGCUUCGUUUAUCUGAUGAUCGUCAAGCGCAGAUGAAUGCGGCAAAUAUUGAAGCAGAUAUUCGGGACCAAUUCAAGAAAGAAACUUUUUUGAGAGAUGAACACAAAGAAUUACAAAAAUAUAUCCAAAAUGAAUUAAAGAAAAGAAAAGCUGAGUAUGAUUUCGUCGAAUCUCCAGAAUCUUCUUCGGUAAAAUCACAAAGCAUAGAAGAUAAACUUUUUUUCAAAGCUGCAGAAAAAAUCAGAUCAUUCAGGAGUGAGCGCAACGAUGAACUUCUUUCAAAUCAAAUGCUUGCUGGUAUACCAGAAGUUGACUUAGGCAUAAAUGCUCGAAUGAAUAAUAUAAUUGAAACUGAGAAGAAAAAAAAUGAAAUGCUGAACGAGGCGAUGGGGAAACGUAGAAGGCUUAUGACUGAAGAAGAUAAGUCUUAA